AUGAAUGACAAAGAGUAUUAUGAUAGCAUGAAGUUAGAACAUAUAGAUGACGAUGUGGCGAUAGAUAAUAAUGUGGUAAUAGACAAUGAUGUAGUGAUAGACGAUGAUAUAGUGAUAGUAGAACCAGAUUAUACUGACUUAGAGGUAGUAGAUUCUAAUAGUGUUGAUAUGAACACAGAAAGUUCAAAUUAUAACAAAGUUUCACAGUUGCCAACAAUGAUGUAG